GCAUGUCUGUAGGUCUCAGUGUGUGUGUGGGUAGCAGCGUUUCAAGUGUAGGAAGUAGUAUACCCGUGUGAGUGUGGGUGCUUCUGCAUGGCUGAGGCGGAACCACACCUAACGGUGUGGUUAGCAUAUCUGGGCAUCGCUGGCAGGUAUGUGGUCCCCUGGUGUCUUAGGGGUGCAGGGGCAGGGUGCCAUUCUGUCUCGAGAGUUGGCAGAGGAACAUACCUGAGGUCUGCAGAGCACUGAAAUCUCAGGUGUGAGGUGGGGACCGUAUGUAGGUCUCAGGUAUGGGGAGCAUUUUUCCUGGGGUUUGUGUGAGUGGCCGGAUUCCUGGCUGUCUUUGACCCAUCCCUCCCUCUGCACCUGAGUGUGUCUGACGGGUGGGGGGAGUGGCGCUGGAGACCCCGUUUCUGCUGUCUCCGUGUCUCAGCGACUUACCCUGGGCUAGGUGUCGAGGUGGGUGCGUCGUCCUCAGGGAUUCCUUCUGCAGACAUGCUCCCCGAGGUGGGUUCGCUGUGGCUGCUUCGGCUGCUCCGGGACAUCCAGCUGGCACAGUUUUACCGACCCAUCCUCGAGGAACUUAAUGUUACCCGGCCAGAGCACUUCGACUUUGUCAGGCCCGAGGACCUGGACGGCAUUGGCAUGGGCCGGCCUGCCCAGCGCAGACUGGCCGAAGCUCUGAAGAAGCACCGUUCCGGGUUCAAGUCAAAGAACUGGGUCUACAAGAUCCUUGGGGGUUUUGCACCUGAGCAGAAGGAGACCACUCCAGCUCCAGACAGCCCCCUGACCCUCCCUGAGCCGGAGGGGGGACUCAAGUGUCUGAUCCCGGAUGGUGCUGUGUGCAGAGGGGAGCUACUGGGCUCUGGCUGCUUUGGAGUGGUUCACCGAGGGCUGUGGACACUGCCUGGCGGCCAGAGUGUCCCCGUGGCUGUCAAAUCCCUCCGGGUGGGUCCUGAAGGCCCCGUGGGCACAGAGCUGGGGGACUUCCUUCGAGAGGUGUCCAUCAUGAUGAACUUGGAGCACCCACACGUGCUGCGUCUGCACGGCCUCGUACUGGGCCAGCCCCUGCAGAUGGUGAUGGAGCUGGCGCCCCUGGGCUCCCUGCACGCGCGCCUGACCGCCCCGCCCCCGACACCCCCGCUGCCCGUGGCCCGGCUCUGCCUCUUCCUGCGGCAGCUGGCGGGGGCCAUGGCGUACCUGGGGGCCCGCGGGCUGGUGCAUCGAGACCUCGCCACGCGCAACCUGCUGCUCGCCUCCCCGCGCACCAUCAAGGUGGCCGACUUCGGGCUGGUGCGGCCACUGCGCGGCGCCCGGGGCCGCUACGUCAUGGGCGGGCCCCGCCCCAUCCCCUACGCCUGGUGUGCGCCAGAGAGCCUGCGCCAGGGGGCCUUCUCUUCUGCGUCGGACGUGUGGAUGUUUGGGGUGACGCUGUGGGAGAUGUUCUCCGGGGGCGAGGAGCCGUGGGCCGGGGUCCCGCCGUACCUCAUCCUGCAGCGGCUGGAGCAGGACCGGGCCCGGCUGCCUCGGCCUCCCCUCUGCUCCAGGGCGCUCUACGCCCUGGCCUUGCGCUGCUGGGCCCCCCACCCCGCCGACCGGCCUAGCUUUUCCUACCUGGAGGGGCUGCUCCAAGAGGCCUGGCCUCCUGAGGGACGUUGUGUGCGGGAUGUCACAGAGCCAGGUGCCCUAAGGAUGCAGACUGGUGACCCCAUCACCAUCAUUGAGGGCAGCCCCGACUCCGCAGCCUGGAAGGGCCAGAACGGCCGCACAUUCAAAGUGGGCAGCUUCCCAGCCUCGGCAGUGACGCUGGCAGAUGCGGGGGGCUCACCAGCCACCCGUCCGGUGCACAGGGUCUCCCCUGCCCAGGGGGAGCGACACCAGGACAGCGUAGAUGGGGACAGAGGGAAGGCAAAGCUUCGGGAUUUACCUCCAGCAUGGGGCCAGAGAAGGAACGUGCCCCUGCAGAGGAUGAAAGUCAUUUCCAAGAGUCUGGAGUCUGUUCUGUCCCUGGGCCCCCGCCCCACAGGGGGUGGUUCGAGCCCCCCUGAACUUCGUCAUGCCAGAGCUGUGCCCCAGACACCCCCAGGCCUGCCAUCCCGCCCUCCCUUUGCCUCCAGCCCUUCUCAGCCCAGCCAGCCCCCCGGGGAGCGGCCUCCCUGGGCCAAAAGGGAACCCCCCCAGAGCCAUGCCUCGGGGGCGCCUGGGGCUAGCAGAGCCACCGUCCCUGCUGGAGGCCUCUUGCCCGACCCCGAGUUGCAGAGGAGGAUUGUGGAGGUGGAGCUGAGCGUGCAUGGAGUCACCCACCAGGAGUGCCAGGCAGCGCUCAGGGCCACUGGGGGAGACGUGGUUUCUGCCAUCCGGAACCUCAAGGUGGACCAGCUCUUCCAUCUGAGUAGCCGGUCCAGAGCGGACUGCCGACGCAUCCUGGAGCACCACCAGUGGGAUCUCUCCGCUGCCAGUCGCUACGUCCUGGCCCGGCCCUGAGCGCGGCCCCCUUGGGCGUGGAUGCCAGCCUGGAUCAAGGGCCUGGCCCCGCGGGACCAAGCGGAACCAGAACCUGGUCCUACCAGGGCAGAACUUCCCACCCGGGCAGAUGGUGUGGUGGGCAGGUACAGGAGGGGCCCGGCGUCGGGCACUGACCGGCGUCUCCUCCCGUGCCCCUUGACCUCUUGAGGGCUCCAGCUCCCUUGGCUGGUUCAUAGAAGGAUCUGGUCCAGUCUGCCCACCGUAUUCCCAACCAAGAGAACUUGGAGGGACAGAGCUGCCCCACAUCACACGCACGGGAAGCUUCCACUUGCUAGAGCGGACCUCGGGAGCAGCCAUCCCCAACGGCGGUCAGCUACCACACUGGCCUCGGGGGUGCAGCCAUCUUGGAUGGUAGAAGCAACCAUACUGACUUGGGGUGCGUGGC